GCUUCGGCCCGGUCCGGCCCGCACGGCGCUGGGCGCGGAAAACGGCCAUGCCGCCGCGGCGCAGCAUCGUGGAGGUGAAGGUGCUGGACGUGCAGAAGCGGCGCGUGCCCAACAAGCAUUAUGUCUACAUCAUCCGAGUCACGUGGUCCAGUGGUGCCACAGAGGCCAUCUACCGGCGCUACAGCAAGUUCUUUGACCUCCAGAUGCAGAUGUUGGACAAGUUCCCCAUGGAAGGAGGGCAGAAGGAUCCUAAGCAGAGGAUCAUUCCGUUUCUGCCAGGCAAAAUCCUCUUCCGCCGCAGCCACAUCCGGGACGUGGCUGUCAAACGCCUGAUACCAAUCGAUGAGUACUGUAAGGCCCUGAUCCAGCUGCCCCCCUACAUCUCUCAGUGUGAUGAAGUGCUGCAGUUUUUUGAGACAAGACCUGAGGACCUGAACCCUCCCAAAGAGGAGCAUAUUGGGAAGAAGAAAUCAGGGAGUGACCUGACCUCGGUGGACCCCAUGGUCCUGGAGCAGUAUGUGGUGGUGGCAAACUAUCAGAAGCAGGAGAGCUCAGAGAUCAGCCUCAGUGUGGGCCAAGUGGUGGACAUCAUAGAGAAGAAUGAGUCAGGGUGGUGGUUUGUCAGCACCGCCGAAGAACAGGGCUGGGUCCCUGCGACCUGCCUCGAGGGCCAGGACGGUGUGCAAGAUGAGUUUUCCCUCCAGCCUGAUGAAGAAGAGAAGUACACAGUCAUCUACCCGUACACAGCUCGUGACCAGGACGAAAUGAACCUAGAGCGAGGGGCCGUGGUGGAGGUCAUCCAGAAGAACCUGGAAGGCUGGUGGAAGAUCAGGUUCCAGGGAAAAGAGGGCUGGGCCCCUGCUUCCUACCUAAAGAAGAGCAGUGCGGAGCCCUUGCCCCCAAAGCUGGGCCCCAGCUCAUCUGCCCACUCGGGGACCCUCGACCUGGAUGGUGUUUCUCGGCAGCAGAAUGCUCUGGGCAGGGAGAAGGAGCUACUCAAUAACCAGAGGGAUGGCCGGUUUGAAGGUCGCCUGGUGCCAGAUGGUGAUGUUAAGCAGAGAUCACCAAAGAUGAGGCAAAGACCCCCUCCUCGCCGGGACAUGACCAUUCCUCGAGGCCUCAACCUGCCGAAGCCUCCCAUCCCACCCCAGGUGGAAGAAGAGUAUUACACCAUUGCAGAGUUCCAGACCACCAUCCCAGACGGCAUCAGCUUCCAGGCCGGCCUGAAGGUCGAGGUGAUUGAGAAGAGCUUAAGUGGUUGGUGGUACAUUCAGAUGGAAGAUAAGGAGGGAUGGGCCCCAGCAACCUUCAUUGACAAGUACAAGAAGACCAGCAGUGCCUCAAGGCCCAACUUCCUGGCUCCCCUGCCUCACGAGAUGACUCAGCUCCGGCUUGGGGACACAGCCGCAAUGGAGAACAACCAGGGUCCAGACGCAGUGGGGCCCUCCAGACCCCUGCCUGAGGCACCACAUGGUCCUAUGGACUCUGGGAUACUGUGGUCCAAGGACUGGAAAGGGGGGAAGGAGGCCCCAAGAAAGGCAUCUUCAGAUCUGUCUGCAUCAGCAGGCUAUGAGGAGAUCUCAGACCCCACACAGGAGGAGAAGCCCAGCCUCCCUCCACGCAAAGAAUCCAUCAUCAAAUCUGAAGAGGAGCUGCUGGAGAGGGAGAGGCAGAAGUUGGAGCCACUCCGGAAUUCCUCCCCCAAGCCCCCUGGCAUGAUUUUGCCAAUGAUUCCAGCCAAGCAUGCUCCACCAGCCCGGGACAGUAGGAAGCCAGAGCCCAAACCUGACAAAAGCAAGUUGUUCCCACUAAAAAAUGACAUGGGGCUAGAAUGUGGUCACAAGGUGCUGGCCAAGGAAGUGAAGAAGCCCAACCUCCGUCCUGUCUCCAGGUCCAAAGCUGAGCUGCCUGAGGAGAAGGCAGAAGCCACUCCCCAGAAUCUGUUCUUAAAGUCUAGACCUCAGGUUAGGCCCAAACCAACUCCUUCCCCCAAGACAGAGCCGGCUCAGAGCGAAGAUCAAGUGGACAUACAUAACCUCAGGAGCAAGCUCAGACCUGCCAAGUCCCAGGAAAAAGCUGUAUUAGACGGGGAGAGCCACCAUGCUGCCGGGAGUCACGACACAGCCCUCAACCGAAGCUUCCUUCCGGUAGAGGGACCUGGCCGUGGUCAGGACAGGUCUGGCCGGCAGGAUGGACUGAGUCCAAAGGAGUCACCCUGCAGAGCCCCUCCCAGGCCAGCCAAGACCACAGACCCUGCACCUAAGAAUUUGCCUGUGCCUGUCCAAGAAGCCACCCAGCAAAGACCUGUGGUCCCACCUCGGAGACCCCCACCCCCCAAGAAAACCUCCUUAUCACCGUUGUCAUGUAGGCCCCUCCCAGAGGUCAGGGGGCCACAGCGUGAAGCCAAUGAAAGCAGAGCCGUUCCUGUCCCAGGCCGGGCCCUCCUGGUCCCUCCGAAAGCCAAACCCUUCCUCUCUAACUCCUCAGUGGGCCAAGAUGACAUGCGAGGCAAAGGCGGGCUGGCACCACGCAUAGCUGGCAAGGUGGGAGAAAACAGAGAGAAAGCAGCCCCCUUCCUCAAUGCCGAUGGCCCAAAGGACUCACUGUAUGUGGCUGUGGCCAACUUUGAAGGAGACGAAGACACCAGCAGCUUCCAGGAAGGGACGGUGUUUGAAGUUCGGGAGAAGAGCAGCAGCGGCUGGUGGUUCUGCCAGGUCCUCAGCGGGGCUCCUUCCUGGGAAGGCUGGAUUCCUUCCAACUACCUCCGGAAGAAACCUUAGCUUCCCCCACCCUGCCCAGAGAGACCCCGCUGUCCCUGCUGGCCUCUCCUACAUAUUUAAUAUGCAUCUUAAUUUAUCAGUCUCCACACAGUUUUAAGGAAGGAGGCUAUUGGGGUGCUGUGGAGAAUGCUUGGUGCAGUGAUGUCCAGUCACCUGGGGUCUGAUUCUCCUGUUGUGGCGCCCCCAGAAGGCUAGAAAGCCAGGUAGAAACCACAUCAGCAUCUUUCUCUAUAGUGGUACCCAUCCUCCUAGUCAAUGGUAUUGUCACCCAGGAGCAGGACCGUGACACUCUCAGACCUCCAAGGCUGAGACCUGUCACCUGGAGAGCUUCCAGACUGCACCUUGGUGCUCAGAGGUGGCACAGAGGGACAGCCCACAUAAUCUGUGACAACUUACUUCUCCAUGUUUCUAGAAGCCCAGUAGUGGCUUUGUUCACUGUUCCCAGAAUGCCUGGUACCCGGAAGAACUGCAUCCUGAAGGAAUCAGCUUCCAGGCUUCUGUUUCUAAGUCCUGACCAGAUGCAGCUGCCCUAGAGUGGUCCUGGAGAUUAACUCGGUCAUCCCACCUCCUGUCUGCCUUGGACCGUGAUCAGUCCUAAUGGGGCAUGCUCCACCGCUGCAGCCUCUGGUCUGUCUAGGACUCUUCAAUUACAGUUCCUGCCCACCUCCCCCAGUCCCUAAAACAAGAGUCUCCAAGUUUGUUAAAUAAGGGGCCUUCACAAGGCACACAGCCUAUGAGAGCUUCUUUGCCCAGUAGGUGCCAAACCGUCCUUGGCUUUUUGCUUUCACGUCCAAACCUUCAACCAGCCCCCACUAUUCCAUCACACCCAUUUUCUAGAAGAGGAAACCGGGGCUCUACAGGCCCCAAGACAUACUAGCUAGGAAGAGGAGGGAGUUUGAGUUCAGGCUUGCCUGGACUCUUCUCCCAGCAAGAACAAGCCAGUGAGGGAAGAAAUAGGGGUUGACUGGGAACCUCCUUAUGGUAUAAGCCAGGGGACAGGAGUGACUGCCCUAGACUUGUAGCUGCUACUCCAGGCUAGGGCAUGCCCUGGAUCCUUAGUAGCCGGCACAGAACUUGUAGGCUGGCACCCCAUGCGCGGAAGGGGAAUACAGAAAGCUGAGACAGUGUCCCUCUGUGGUUUGAAGGGGGCUCUGGUGACUAAGGACCAGCAGCUGGGGCGUUGAAAAACUAAGCAGCACAGCAGUAGCCACAACUCUUGCCCGGGCAGGCGUGGCUUCUUCCUGUAGAGCAGUCGCCCCAGGCUGGUGGCUUCCCAGUGAGCAGUUUGCUUUUUUAAUAUUCUUUCCCGGGGAGAAGCCCAGGGUAGACCAUCCCUAUUUUGACGAACAGACUUAACUGAGACCUCAAGAGGUCUGCUUAGCUAGUACAGGGCUAAAAACAACUCAGAUUUCUAACUCCUGGCCCAGAACAACUUGUACCUAUGAACAGGCUUCCUUUAAAAGAGGGGCGGGGUGGAGAGAGCAGAACCCCACCCCCUCCCAAAGGCCCUGCAGGAGAGGCCGCCCUGUCCUGCUCCACGUCUACCCCAGAAAUCUCUCUCACACACGCACCUUUUUAUUUUUUUUUAACCCGUGCUUUAGGAACCACAAAACCCCCUUCCCCAAGAUGUGUGCAUCUUACCUGCAGUGCCAAAGAUUUUGUGCAAGCAGAUCUGCACCCUCCCCAGCCCCCUCUCUGUGCCCCCCUGGCUCUGGCUGCUGUCCUUUGACCCAUGGUGGCACCACGACUCUCUUUCUCUGCGAGGCACCUCCUGAAGGAUAUUCCUGCUUAGUCUGUGCCCAGGGCGGCAGGAGAAAGCCCCAGGUAGGGAGAGGGGAGGCUCCGCAAGUCUUAGCACUUCAAGACUACACACACACCCCACUGUGCAUGAAGUCUCCCAGCUUUUGUUUUUUGAGGACACCUUCACUUGAAUAACUUUCAUGAAGCUGUUUUACAGGUCUUUGAAGAAGCAAAGGGUUUUUUUUUUUUAAUUGUUUUGUUUUUAUUUGUUGUUUUAUUUUUCUUGUUUGCAUUUGGCUCUCCGUAACCUUUUCAGGUAGUCUACCGGUCCCUCCUUUGCAGCAGGUACUAGAUUCUGCCUUUUGUCCUCGCCUUGUGCUGAUGUGAACUGUAGGUGUGCAAGGUGCAUUCUCUGGUCACUGUCCUUUUCGUGGGUCACAUGCACAGUCUGAAGAUUCCUGGGGCAAGCUCCAUCAGCCACAGUGGUUGUCACUGCUGUGGUCAACCGGAAGUGAGAGGGUCUGCAAAGCCAGUGAAGCACCCAGCUUCCCUUGCCUGGGACUUAGCUUUCCAACAUCCAGGAAUGUGGUCACCCCUCUGGGAUGGAGCCCUAUGUCAGACCUCCCUCCAUCCCUGCUUUGGAAAACUUCCAAGACCAUGGUAGCAAUGGGCCAAUGAUAGACCAGAUCACCAACACAAACCUGCCACCAUCCGCCCCGUCCCCCCCCCCUUAACUAAUCUGCACAUCAGCCCUGUGAGAUGACAAGGAACAGCACCAAUACUUAAUGAGAAAGUUAAGGUGUGGAGGGUGUUGGCACAUCUAGCUUUGUCCAGAUCCUGGCCACCAGCAGAAAAAUGUGUAUAGUCUUUGAAGGCAAUCAGGUGACCCAGUUUCUGGAUUUAGGUGUGUUACCCCGGUAACCUCCUGGCUAAACAUUGGUCACCUGCCGGAUGGCCCCUGCUCUCUGGCUCCAUGACUUCACUGUUUCUGCCCGAGAGCAAGUGUAGUGAAGACCUCUGGAGACCUGGACUUGAAAACAGUUGCUUGCUGAAAUGAGACUUUGCUGGUAUUUUCUGGCCAGAGUAACUCUUGGCCACUUGUGUUUAUAGCAUGGCCCCAGUCCCAGACAAGGGGAGGGAGGUCUGAGCUCCAGCUACUUUAUAUCCUGCCAGGAAAUGGCUAGAACCAUGCCAGGCAUUCACAGUCAUUUUCAGCCUCUGCCACCAGGCUGCUCCACAGAGUAGAUUUCUACGGCUUGACCUUAAACUUUCUGAACCCACUGGGGACUUGGGUGGUGGGUGGAAAGUGGAGGGCACAUGUACCUCGGUAAAGAACAGGUGCCAAAUCUCCCCAAGUCUUAAGGACGGUCCAGUGUUUAUUACCAAAACCUUGCUCUGAGAGAGAGGAAGAAACUGCCCCUACCCUCUCAAAACUGCCCACCGGAGGUGCAGUGCAGCAGGAAAGCGCUGGCCGGCAUUCACGGGUCCCCCGACGCCAUCACAGAUAAGCAAGAACAUUAAUCAGUGUCUCUGCUUCUGUCCUUCCAUUAAGCUCUUCAGUGCUGACAUAGUCUGCACCUUGGGAAGCCUUGCCAUUUCUUUGAAUACUGUGGCAAUCUCAACCCCUUCCCUGACUGUCUAAACUGGCCUUCAGGGUUUUUCUGUGUACUGCAGACAGCCACAUCCUACCGCAGACCAAAGAUUCAGAGGGGUGUGGACUGAAUAGGUAGGAAGUGAAUUUACAUCAAGACCUGAGGCCUUGCCUUUGCUUGGAAGAAUAGCUCCUAACUUGCUAGGGUUCUAGCAGCUGGACUGACCUGACCCCAAGCAGAACUACAGAGUUAAGACAAUGGUUCACACUCGUCACCUGCUCAUGGGCCAUCUUCUGACCUCCUGCUCUGGGCAGGGAUGCCUGGUCUCCGGUGCUAUCUAGUUGAGGUACCAAGCCCCUCACAUGUGAGUGUUCCAUCUUCCUUCCUGUCUCCAUCUUCUUCUCCACAAUAAGCCAGUCGGAAAGAGGGCUUAGCUUUCAUCGUUCUACAGACCAGACCUGGUACCAUCGCCAGUGGCCUUCACUCUCACUUCUCUGCUUUACAGAACAAAGGUGCCCUACCAGGCUUACUACAGCAAUAAGCAAUUCUAAUGCAACGGAGGUGUCUGUAUUAUGCCCGUAAUGCCUUUGUGCCCUGUAAUUAUUAGUAGCGUCUCUCUUACUGGGGGAGUGUGGGUAAACCCGUUGUCACCUUAGCCAUACACAGUUCCUGUUUCAGGCAUCCCUCCAGGAACAGUGGGCUCUGGGCAGUGUGACCUAUUGUAUGUGUCUGCCCUUAGAUGGUGCUGGGGACCCCUGGGUUCUCAGCUCCUCUCACACCCCCUAGGCCAACUGACAGAUCCUAGUGUUGGCUUUUGUUUCCUGUGUUUAACGUGAGGGGGCAGUGGGUUAAUGCCUAGCUGUAGCAUGUAGAGA